CAACAAUUGGCUGUCAGUAAUUUUGUUGGUACCAACUGUCGCUGUCAACUGUCGUCGCUGCCACGCCCACAACGCUCCACCCAAGCGCGAAGAGGGAAAUGAGAUGAAGUGGUUUCAAGUGAUGACCAUAGAUAUGAUUCUUGUGCUUUCAUUUAUAUCAAGUAGCACUGCGAAUCCAGAUGCAAAGCGACUUUACGACGAUCUCUUAAGCAAUUACAACAAACUGGUGAGGCCUGUCGUAAAUGUCACCGAUGCAUUGACGGUGCGCAUUAAGCUCAAGCUAUCGCAACUGAUUGAUGUCAAUCUGAAGAAUCAAAUCAUGACCACAAAUCUGUGGGUUGAACAAUCCUGGUAUGACUACAAGCUCAAAUGGGAGCCCAAGGAAUAUGGUGGCGUUGAAAUGCUUCACGUACCCUCCGAUCACAUCUGGCGACCAGACAUUGUCCUUUAUAACAACGCCGAUGGCAACUUUGAAGUGACGCUGGCUACCAAGGCAACGCUCAAUUAUACAGGACGCGUGGAAUGGCGACCGCCAGCCAUUUACAAAAGCUCCUGUGAAAUUGAUGUCGAAUAUUUUCCGUUUGAUGAGCAGACAUGCGUCAUGAAAUUCGGCAGCUGGACCUACGAUGGCUUUCAGGUGGAUCUGCGUCACAUCGAUGAACUGAAUGGCACCAAUGUGGUCGAGGUGGGCGUGGAUCUGUCGGAGUUCUACACGUCCGUUGAAUGGGAUAUACUUGAAGUUCCUGCAGUGCGCAAUGAAAAAUUUUAUACGUGCUGCGAUGAGCCCUAUUUGGACAUUACAUUCAACAUUACCAUGCGACGCAAGACGCUCUUCUAUACCGUUAAUCUGAUUAUUCCAUGCAUGGGCAUCAGUUUUCUCACCAUUCUGGUUUUCUAUCUGCCCUCGGACAGCGGCGAAAAGGUCUCAUUAAGCAUAUCCAUUUUGCUGUCGCUCACUGUGUUCUUCCUGCUGCUGGCGGAAAUCAUUCCGCCCACGUCGCUGGUGGUGCCGCUGCUUGGAAAAUUUGUGCUCUUCACAAUGAUAUUGGAUACGUUCAGCAUUUGCGUCACUGUGCUGGUGCUGAACAUUCACUUCCGUUCCCCGCAGACCCACACUAUGGCGCCUUGGGUGCGCACCGUGUUCAUCAAUCAGCUGCCGCGUUUUCUCGUGAUGCGGCGUCCGCUCUAUCCGAUCAGCGAAAUGAUUAAAUCCUCGCGUCGUUUGAUGGUGCGCACUUGCAAUGGGCUGGAGCUGCGAGAUCAGAUACCACCACUGCCACCGCCAGUGGCAUUGUCGCGCAUGCAUCACAGCCCCAAGACCACGUCGCGCAGCACUUCGCCGCAUCUGCAGCAUCGCAUGCAACCGAAUGUGAGUCUCAUGGACGAUGGACUCAUGGGUGGCGUUGGCAUGGGCGGCGCCUCCACCAUCACUGGCCACUUGAGCAGCCUGUAUCCACCCACAAUGUCGAAUCAGCAGACCUCGACCACAUCCUCGCUGAUCGAUGCACAGUAUCAUAAUCAAUACCAGCAGACGGGCGGCUCGCUGCUGGAUCAUCCGCUGACGCCGACCAAGUUCCGCCAGAUGACCUCCACCUCCAGCCAGACGGGCCAAAAUGGAGGAGCCGCUGCUCAUCAUGCAUCGCAUUCGGGCAAUUCGAAGAGCAACUCGACCAUGACGUUGGCCCAUCAGGCAAGCCAAGCUAGCCAGACGGGCAGCCAGGGAGCGGGUGCGGGUGCGGGUGCGGGCUACCAUUUGUAUCGCCAGCAGUCGAGCUGCUCCGCCAACUUCUCGCCAUUGCCGCUGCACGCGCAUCAGGCGCACGCCUCGACCACCACCUAUGAUUUGGGCUUCGGCGGCAGCCACCACAAUUCCAAUGUGAUAAAGUCCACGACGACGGUGAACUCGGUGGCCACCGCAUCCACGCUAGCCGACUCCUGCUGCGCGGCGCCAUUCAGAUACCAUCAAGGCCUCAAUCUAGGCAUUCAAUCCUCGGAGCUGCUACACCAGCAGCAGCAGCAGCGACCCACCACAUCAGCUCAAGCUGCAGCUCAAGCUGCCGCUGCCGCCGCCGCCGCAUCACAGGCAGCGGGCACACCACCGCCGCCGCCACCACCACCACCGCCGGCCUGUGAUAUACUGCCCGCCUGCCAGCGCGAGGGCGGCCCACACUGCUGUAUGCGGCGGCGCCAGCGCUGGCACACCUGCCCGGAGCUGCACAAGGCCAUGGACGGCGUUACGUACAUUGCGGAUCAGACGCGCAAGGAGGAGGAGAGCACUCGGGUUAAGGAGGACUGGAAAUAUGUGGCCAUGGUGCUGGAUCGUCUCUUUCUUUGGAUAUUCACAAUAGCCGUCGUUGUGGGCACCGCCGGCAUAAUACUCCAGGCGCCCACGCUCUACGAUACUCGUGUACCCAUUGACAUCAAAUUGUCGGAGAUAGCAUCAACGACGGCGAAGCCAAACGUGGCCAGACCCGUUUUGUAAGUGCGCCCCACCAACAGAAAAAGCCCAGGGGCAGCCAACAACAACACACACACAAACACAAACACACUGAGACACACACACAGCAAUUGAGCGUGUGAGCAUUUCUUUUCGUAUAUGCAGUUUUAUUAAUUUUGUAUUGUGACAAGAGCAGCAGCGACAACAAUUUGGAGCGCGUC